AGCUAGUCAUCAGCAGUUAAAUAUGGCGCGGGAAACAAUGUCGGGGAUGGAAAUAGUUGAAGCAGAUAAAGAAGAAAUGAGCCGCUUUUCUUCUUCAUCUCUAAAACUUUACGAAGCGCAGUUUUUUGGCUUUACUCCGCAGACCUGCAUGGAGCGGAUCUACAGCUCCUUUCAUGAAUGCCUGUGUGACAUUUUAGCUUCGGUGGAGAAGGUUUGCGUCAGCGAGCUGGUGAAAGGCCAACCGAAUAGUGCCGAGGAGUCAGUCCGGUCCAGGGCCAGAGACUGCACCCGCCAGCUGCAGCUCUUCCUGGAGAAGCGCUUCAAGCAGCUGGCGGAGCGAAUGGAGGCGCUGCUUAUGAGUCGGUGUUUCAUCAUACCUCCAAAUGUCCUGCUGCCAGAGGAUCAGUCCCAUCAGAAAUACCCCCAGGACAUAGAGGAAGUAUUGAAGCUCGAGUCGUCCCUUGCAGAUCUCCACAGAGCCUAUGAAGCUGAAGUUUGUGCCAGAGAAGCUCUGCUAGCUGAGCUGGAGGAGCAGAGGGAGGUGCAGGAGCAGCUGGAUGAUAUCCUGGCGUGGAUCAGAGAGAUGCAGGCAGCCUGGGCAAAGGAAGGGAAUGGAAACUUCCAGGAAACCUUCAGCCUUGUGAUGGAGUCCAUAAGGAAACUGCAGAGGGCUGUCAAGGAGAUUCUGGUCCAUAGCAAAACGCUCAACUGAACUGAAGCUUACAAUCCAAUGUAAAUAAUCAAACAUUUGUUCACUUUUGAUGUAUUUUAUAUUAAUAUCUGUAAAUUUAACCAGCUUUUUCACAGUCCUCUUCUUUUUUACCCAUAGGAUCCUUAAGUGCAGUUUUAUACAGUUUCAGUUCCUCAGUAUCUCUUUUGUUUAGUUUUCUUUUUGCCUCUCAUGAUUUCUCGUUUUUUUGUUUAUGGUUGUAUUAAUAUGUUUGUGUGAUUUAUGAGAAUAUAUACUAACCUUAUCCUACCUUCUGUUUGACCUAUGACCUCUCCAGGAAUGAUUGAGAUAUACCUUUUUAUUGUGUAGCAGAUGUAUUAGUACGACGGAGUAUUAGGUCAAAGCUAGAGAUUUUUUUUAUUGUGAGAAUAAAGUCAUAUAACGAGAAUAAAAUUGUAUUUAAUGACAACUCUUAGGACUUACUUUCCUAAAAUGAGAAAUGUUGAGCAUCAUGUGAAGUUAUACUUUGGCACCAGUUUGACAAAUAAGGAAAUAUUAAGUCUUUUAACACCAGCAUCAAAUUCGGCAGUAUGUAAAAGUGGUCUCAGGUUUCUGUUUGGUGGUGCUGGUCGGAAGUCGAAGCUUUCUUUCUGAAACAGCUUGUGGUAUGAUGACUUCAUUCUUGUUAUUUUUUAGCUUUAUUCUUGGGGAAAAAAAACAAUCUCUAGCCUGGCCCUAAUACUUGUAGUAUUAGUACUCUGCAAACCACUCUGGUUUUUGUCAUGUUACUAACGUAAACCUAAUUGCCCUUUGUUUGGUUUUUAUGUUGCAGCACAAUAUACUAGUUUAUUACUUUAAGAUGGAAAGAAAAGGAUACACUGUAAUUUGUAGUAAAAUCAUGUGUCUGCAAAAGUCAUUAUCUAGCCACCCGUUAGAUAAUAAAUUGUACAGUUCAGUUUUAACUUAUAAAAACGAUACAAAGCUCUGAAUCACAAAGGUCAUUUUUCAAUUCAGCACCUGAAAAUGAAAGAAAUAUGGCAGCUGACCUAAACAGACAGGUUGAACAAGGACAGCCUAUUUUAUGAGUACCUAAAUGUAUUUGAAUUUCACGAUGCCCAUGGUACCUUGAAGAGCUGCAGAGAUCCACAGCAUCCUGGGAACAACCUCUCAGGUAUUCUACAAUGUGGCCUUCAUGGAAAUUGGCAGGAAAA